CCCCUCCACCAACCCUACCCUACCCGAGCCGCCCCCUCGUCUCUCUUAUCCUCUCUCUCAAGCACACGAGCAACAACGCCGGCCAUGGCAUGGCGCCCAAGCCCAACUCACCUGGGAGACCUUCGUCCCGCCACACCGGGGACGGAGAAUAAGACGGAUCUUGGCUCGAUCUACCGCCUCCGUGAUCCAUUCUUUGCCCAAGGGGAUUACGCAUCACCCAGCGUGUCAAGAUCCACUCGGGCGCACGCGCACGCGCGUCUCGGGCCACCUCACCGUUAGUGGGCCGCUGGCAGCCGGCCCAGUCGUGCCGUCAGCCCAGCCCAAUGGAGGGCCGCAUCCUGCCUGCGAAACACUCGGCCCCGAGUAUCGGCCGCCUCCUCGCCCACCCAGUGUGCGCUGGGGUUUUAGUCGCCCACCUUCCACCGCCUCCCCGUCCCCAUUUCGCACCCGUCGGCGAGCCCCUCCCCCUCCCCUCCGCCGCCCCUCUCCCCCAACGCCGCCUGCGCCAGGCGAAGGAUGCCUCCAAUGGCGGGAGCAGGUAACCCUGGUGAGGGAGGAGGAGGUGAGGGUGGAGGAGGAGAAGGAGGAGGUCCGACGGGCCGUGCACCACCGCCCGCUCCAACCUCGUCCCGCGGACGAUCUGGGAAGGAGGGCCACGGCAUGGAAUCUGAUUGCCCUGUGCCCUGGUACACAAGGACGCUGGUGGCGCUUGGGAUCAAGUCCCAUGGCGACCCUUCUGGUCCAUUGAGGCAGGGAACUUUUGAUCCGUUGUUGGGGGUUGUUGUCACCUCUGAGGGAUACCUCUCAAGGUCUGAAUCUGAAAGGAUAAACAACUACCUUGAAUGUGUUCUUAAUGAAGUGAAAUCUGCAUUAGGUUCUUGUGCUGAGGAUGUCGAGGAUGAAUACGGGUGCCAAGAUACUGUCCCACCAGUUACUCAGGAGUCUUCCAGUGGCCCAGGCUUGAAGACCAUAGCGGCAAUUGUUCUAGGUGCUGCGUCUAGGGAUGCAUGUGAAAGUCCUCAAAGCAGUCAGAGUACCAGUGUGAGGGGUAAGAUAAUGCCAAAAAAUGCGGAGCAUGUGCAGGUUAUUCAACAAUCCACCCAGGAAAUCAAGGCUUUCAUUCAUGAUGCUCUUAGAAGAAAUCUGAUUGGCCCAGACUGUGCACGGGACCUGGUUUUCAAAAUAGAUGAGCUGGGCAAGUAUACUUCAAGGGCCGUCUCUCGAAAUGGAACCCGCAUUUUUACAUUGGAUGGAUUGAAGAAGAGACCUACCAGACUUUAGUUCUCUUCCA